AUGUCCGACUUGUGCCCAGUUUACGCUCCCUUCUUUGGUGCCAUUGGCUGUACCGCUGCCAUUGUGUUCACCUGCUUUGGCGCCUCUUACGGUACCGCCAAAUCCGGUGUCGGUGUGUGUGCCACCUGUGUUUUGAGACCAGACUUGUUGUUUAAGAACAUUGUUCCGGUUGUGUUGGCUGGUAUCAUUGCCAUUUACGGUUUGGUGGUUGCUGUGUUGGUGUCUGAUGGAUUGGCCCAGAAGCAGGCCUUGUACUCUGGUUUCAUCCAGUUAGGUGCCGGUUUGUCUGUUGGCUUGUCGGGUUUGGCUGCUGGUUUUGCCAUCGGUAUCGUCGGUGACGCUGGUGUCAGAGGCACUGCUCAGCAACCAAGAUUAUUCGUUGGUAUGCUUUUGAUCUUGAUUUUCGCUGAAGUCUUGGGUUUGUACGGCUUGAUUGUCGCUUUGUUGUUGAACUCCAGAGCUUCUCAGGACGUCACCUGUUAA